AUGUCCGACCUGUCCAAGCAGCCCGACGUCGAGAAGGAGCCCAUCCCCGGCGUCUCCGAGGAUGCCAUCCGCAGCGGCAGCGUCACCGCCGCCGGCAUCUCGGAGAAGAUUGUCGAGCACAGCCACGAUGCCGAUGCCGCCAUGAAGGCCUUCGCCGAGUACCAGGGCCAGGUUCUGGAAAUCGACGAGGCGACAAACGCCCGCCUGCUGCGCAAAAUCGACUGGCAUUUGAUGCCGCUUCUCUGCAUAGUGUACGGCCUGAACUUCCUGGAUAAGACGUGCAUUAGCUACGCUUCCGUCAUGGGGCUGAAAAAGCCCCAAUCGGAGGGCGGCAUUGGCAUCACGUCGGAUCAGUACAGCUGGCUGGGGUCCAUGUUCUACUUCGGCUACCUUGCCUGGGAGUGGCCCACCAACCGUCUCCUCCAGUACUUUCCCCUGGGGAAGUACUCUGCUUUCAAUGUCAUCAUGUGGGGCACCGUCUUGGCUCUUUUCGCAACCGUCGAGAACUUCAGCGGCGCUGUAGCUGUCCGCUUCUUUCUCGGCCUCUUUGAAGCCGCUGUGACGCCUGGAUUUGCUUUGUUUACCAGCCAGUGGUACACCAAAAAGGAGCAGGGAUUGAGAACCGGCAUUUGGUUCAGCUUCAAUGGCGUGGCGCAGAUUGUCGGUGGCCUGGUCGCCUACGGCAUCGCUCGCGGGACCGCCAUCCACGGAUCCUCCAUAGCGCCCUGGAAGAUUGUCUUCCUCGUCACAGGUCUCCUCACUGCCGUAGUCGGCAUCGUCUUCCUUUUCGUCAUGCCCGACAGCCAGCUGAACUGCCGCUGGUUGACGAAAGAAGAGCGCCUGUUGGCCCUCGAGCGCAUUCGUGUCAACCAGCAAGGCAUCGGCAACAAGCAUUGGAAGUUUUACCAGGUCAAAGAAGCCUUGAUGGACCCCAUGGUGUGGGCGUUCUUUUGGUACGCCUUGAUCGCCGAUAUCCCGAAUGGCGGCGUCACCAACUUCUUCUCCCUUCUCAUCCAAUCCUUCGGCUACACUUCCGAGCAAUCCCUGCUGUACGGCACUCCCGGCGGUGCCGUUGAGAUCAUCACGCUCGUCGUCUGCGGCUACAUCGGCGACAAGUACGGCUGUCGCAUCCUGGUCUCCACUUCCGGCCUCCUCCUCGGCAUCCUGGGCGUGGCUCUCAUCAUCUGGCUUCCCGAGAGCAUGAACGUCGGCCGGCUGAUCGGCUACUACCUGACGCAGGCCACGGCCACGCCGUUCGUCGCCCUCCUCUCGCUGAUCUCCACAAACGUCGCCGGCUACACCAAGAAGACGACGGUGGCGGCGCUGUACCUGAUCGGCUACUGCGUGGGCAACAUCAUCGGCCCGCAGACGUUCCGCGGAGACAACUACCUGCCGGCUGAGAUUACCAUCUUGGUCUGCUACGGCAUUGCGCUGCUCGAUCUGCUGUUUAUCUACUGGUACUGCAAGAACCAGAAUAAGAAGAAGGCGGAGACUAGAGCGGCGCCGGGAUAUGUGAAGCUUGAGAAUCAAGAGUGGCUCGACCUUACGGAUAAGGAGAACCCGGAGUUCACUUAUGCAGUAUAG